GCGGCGGGGACGCGCCCCGGCGACCAUGGCGUUUCCCAGGCCGGAAUGAGGGUCCGGAGCCGGAGGGAGCGGGGCUAGAGCCGGAGCCGGAGCCCGAUCGGGGGAGAGGCAGCGAGGCCGGCGCCGCCGCUCCAUGCGGAGUCCCGGGGACCAUGGGCUCCAGGAUCAAGCAAAACCCGGAGACUACAUUUGAAGUGUAUGCUGAAGUGACCUAUCCAGGGACAAGUGGCAUUCUUUCAGAUCCUGAGGUGCUGAGGCAAUUCCCUGAGGACUACAGUGACCAGGAAGUUCUACAGACUUUGACCAAGUUUUGUUUCCCCUUCUAUGUGGACAGCCUUGCCGUUAGCCAAGUUGGCCAGAACUUCACUUUUGUACUCACUGACAUUGACAGCAAACAGAGAUUCGGAUUUUGUCGCUUAUCUUCCGGGGCUAAGAGCUGCUUCUGUAUCUUAAGUUAUCUACCCUGGUUUGAAGUUUUUUAUAAACUACUCAACAUCUUGGCAGAUUACACAGCAAAAGGACAGGAGAGUCAGAGGAAUGAGCUGCUGGAAACACUCCAUAAACUUCCCAUCCCUGAUCCAGGCGACUCUGUUCAUCUCAGUGUGCAUUCGUACUUUACUGUUCCUGACAUCAGGGACCUUCCUAGCAUACCGGAAAAUAGAAAUCUGACCGAAUACUUUGUCGCUGUGGAUGUGAACAACAUGCUCCAUCUUUAUGCCAGCAUGCUGUAUGAACGUCGGAUCCUCAUCAUCUGCAGCAAGCUCAGCACUUUAACGGCCUGCAUCCAUGGGUCUGCAGCUAUGCUCUACCCAAUGUUCUGGCAACAUGUUUACAUUCCUGUUCUACCCCCACAUCUUUUGGACUACUGCUGUGCUCCCAUGCCCUACCUCAUAGGAAUACAUUUAAGUUUGAUGGAGAAAGUAAGGAACAUGGCCCUGGAAGAUGUUGUGAUUCUGAACGUGGACACAAACACCCUGGAAACCCCAUUUGAUGAUCUUCAGAGCCUCCCAAAUGAUGUGGUUUCAUCACUGAAGAACAGGUUAAAGAAAGUCUCCACAACGACUGGCGAUGGUGUGGCCAGAGCAUUCUUAAAGGCCCAGGCUGCCUUCUUUGGUAGCUACAGAAAUGCUCUGAAAAUUGAACCCGAGGAGCCAAUAACUUUCUGUGAAGAAACCUUUGUGUCUCAUCGAUCUAGCGCAAUGAGGCAGUUCCUUCAAAAUGCUAUACAGCUCCAGCUCUUUAAACAGUUUAUUGAUGGGCGCCUGGAUCUUCUCAACUCUGGAGAAGGCUUCAGUGAUGUUUUUGAAGAGGAGAUAAAUAUGGGCGAAUAUGCUGGGAGUGAUAAACUCUAUCACCAGUGGCUUUCCACAGUAAGGAAAGGGAGUGGAGCGAUUCUGAAUACCGUGAAAACCAAGGCUAACCCUGCCAUGAAAACAGUCUAUAAGUUUGCAAAAGAUCAUGCAAAAAUGGGAAUAAAAGAAGUGAAAAACCGCUUGAAGCAAAAGGACAUUGCUGAGAAUGGCUGUACCCCAGCCCCAGAAGAGCUACCAAAGAGUGCACCAUCCCCGUUGGUGGAGAAGAAAGAUCCCAAACUUCGGGAAGACAGACGGCCAAUCACAGUGCACUUUGGGCAGGUGCGUCCGCCAAGACCUCAUGUGGUUAAGAGACCGAAGAGCAACAUCACCAUGGAAGGUCGAAGGACCUCUGUUUCCAGCCCCGAGCACCUGGUAAAGCCCUUGCGACACUAUACAGUCUUCCUCUCUGAAGACUCCUCCGACGAUGAAUAUCAGCAGGAAGAGGAUCCUGUGUCUGGCUUCUCUGAAAACUUUUUCUUCUCCGCUCCCUUUGAAUGGCCUCAGCCCUACCGGACCCUGAAAGAGUCUGACAGUGCAGAUGGAGUCGAGGUGGGGAGUCCAGAGAAGAGAGCCAAGAACCCUCCACCUUCCCACCGGCCCCCGCCAGACAAGAUCACAGACAUCAAUCUCCUGGAGGACAUUUUCAGCAACUUGGAGGUGGAAGUGUCACCUCAGCCCCUCAGUCAAGCCAAAAGCCUAGAAGACCUGAGGGCUCCCAAAGAACAGGGUGACCAGUCUGGCACAUUUGGCUACCAGAGAAUGGACCUUGGUGGCAGUGACAGAAGCCGAAUGAUGCCAGCCCUGAAACUGUCUCACCCAUAUAACAAACUGUGGGCCAUGGGCCAGGACGACAUGGCCAUUCCCUCCAAAUAUUCGCAGUGCUCGCCAGAGAGGCCCCUCGCAUCCCUGGGGAGCACCCCCUCCCUGACGAGGAGGCUUCGGAGUCGGGACAGCAUCCUGGCUCCAGUGGAGAAAGAAGAAAUGACCGCUGUCAGCCAAGGCAGCAUCACCAUCCCCAGACCACAAGGCCGAAAGACCCCAGAGUUGGGCAUCGUCCCCCCACCCCCUACCGCUAGGCCCACCAAGCACCAGGCAGCCGGAGCAGCCGAAGCGGGGAAGCCCAUUAUCCCGGGGCAGGCUGACCAUGUCACGGGACUCCUGCAGGAUCCGUUCCCAGCAGGCACCCCGACCCCUCACCCUGCACAGUUCCUCUCCACUCCCAGCGGCCCCACUGAGCUGCUCCAGCCAAUGCGUGUGGUGACCCAAACCUCAGGCAACGAGAGCGACUUCCUGCUGAGCCUCCUGGAUCCUCUCAAGUCCAGCUGGCAGGCAGCGGGCCCCCCACAAGUCCCCAGCAGCCUCCUCAGCUCUGCCGCGCUGAACCCUGCUGGCUUUCCCACCGGGCCGAGCGACUUUGCCUCCACCGCUGCCCCGUUCGGGCCGAAGCUCGGAUUUCAUCCUGCUGCUCCUACCCCUGCCGUCACCCCUCCGUUCUUGCAGCCAUGCCUCAAUCCGUUCACUCAGCCAGCGUCAACAGCCCUGCCCGUGCCAAGGGUCCAGUCCUCAGGGCCGCCCUUUGCCCCUGCUCCCGCCCCUCCGGCCCCUGCCUUCGCUUCCAGUUUCCUCGGCUCAAAUUCUGGCUUCUUCCCGGCACAGAGACCACAGCCCAACCUCUCUGCCCUCUCCAUGCCCAAUCUGUUCGGUCAGAUGCCUUCCACGCCACAAGCCGGCUUGUUGCAACAGCCAAGCCUGGGACCCACCCAGGCUGGCUCGCACCAGCAAGUCCCUCUGGUUGGCCCCUCCAAGAUCAGGACACUGCCCCUGGUGCGCUCUGGCUCCCGGCUGGCGGAGGCCAAACAAGGGCUGGGGCUGGGGCCGGGGCCUGGGCCUAGAGAUCCACCACUCCUGCCCCCCCGGCCUCCCAUGGUGCUGGAGCCGGUCUUACAGCCCCUCUCUAAGGCUAAGGAAGCCACAGAUCCAUUUGAAGAUUUAUUAAGAAAGACAAAACAGGAGAUCGCCCCCACUCCAGGGGACUUCGGGACUGAAGAAUCCUUGAUUCCCAGUUCACAGAAAAAAAAACCCAGCACAGGCCCAGUCCUGGAUCUCCUGUGAGGAACUGGAAACACCAGCAACUUCAAUCUCGAGAAGACGCCAUUUAAAUGAGUCUUUAAUGGAGUCCUUAAAAUUAUAUAUGAACUCUUAUGUAGUUCUGUAUUCAUACAAUAUAUAAAUGUUAGAGAUGCAGUAUUUGAACGGGAUGUGGUAGCAUCCCAUUUUAUUGUCCAAAUCAGAGCAGAAUCUAUUCCACCUCAUGAUUUCUGGGAGCUAUCCAGUGAGCAGAGGCCUCCCCAAGGCUGGCAAUGGAAGGGACCCAGAUCCUGAGCCAGAGGCCAAGUAGAAUCUGAUCUUGAGAAAAUGUGCAACAACAUAUAAUGGAGUGGUUUCCUGGUCAGGUUGAUAAGGGAUGGGGAUGACUGCCUGUCAUUUCCAUCUUUUGGAAACAUUAAGUGGCAUUCAGACCUCCCCCAGGUCAGAGGCAGAACAAUCUGCCACUGUGGAGGUCACAUUCUUGCUGCCUCCUUUUUUGGUGGCGGGGGGUGGAUGGGGGAGGGAGAGUUGGGGCAGGAACAAAACUACAGAGGCUGGGGUGGAAGGGAAGAACCUUGGAGAAGCAUAGAAAUCUCUAACGGGUUUCCUGAGUCUGUGCAGCAUUGGUCUCUGAGCACAGAUACACAGUGGGUCCUGGAUAGCCAAAGUUCACCUUUUUUUUUUAAUAGGCAGAUUUGUUGGCAGUGGUUAUUUUGUUUUUGUAACUUUGAUUUGUGUUGGGUUGGGGCGGGAUGGAGGUGUUGUAUCAUUUAUUUGGGGGUUUUGUACUUAAAUACAGUGUGUCACGAAGCAGGUAAUUCAUGUGAAUUAGUCACCACUGAAUCUUACCUAAAUUGUCAGGGCUUUAAAAAAACAAAAACUGUUUCGGGACAUGCUGAUCAUUCUUCAGAUUUCAACAUGAUCUUUCAUUUCCCGAUUCUGAAUGGUACAGCUCACUCAUGUAAUUUACUCAAAGCCUAUUUUAUUGUAGUGGAUAAAAAUGGCUGUUGUCUUGUUCAGAAUUUGUGCAGUACCAGAGAUAUGGACCCUAUGUAAUCACGGAGAUGUCAACAGUUUGGGGAGAUCCCAAUGUUGCAUUAGUAUUUUUGACUCCUGUAAAUUAUCAUUGCUUUUACGAAUCAUUCAGUCACUUUUGUAUUUUGGAGCUGGAGGGCAGCCCCCACUGUUUUGAUAUAGCCUUGUCCUCAACAGUCAGAUAUUUCAAGUCUAAAGAGAAGAUGCAUUUGUAAAGAAUGUGAAUGCCUGAGUUUUAUACUCAGACUAGAUUUGAACUUCUUCCAUUUCUGAAUGCUGAAUUAGAAGCCUAUGUUUUUUAGCCAAUCAUGGUGGCACCCUUGUGAUUCCUGGCAAUGGUCCAUUGUACAUUCACAUAUCCUCUCCCCUUUCAACACUACCCACGGAGGGUUCCGAUGAACUCCGGACCCCCGGAGAACCCCGCUAGGGAACCCCGCUCCCAGAAAAGGCAGUUUCCAGUCUGUCUCAACAUUGGUUCCAUCCAUGCAUUUCCGUAGCGGUCUCUCUAUCCCAAGCCAGGGCCGCAGCUCCUCACUAGGCCAGAAAUGCCCAGGGGCCACGUAGAAAAGGAAAGCCACAAAAGGUGCGGUUUGGCUGGAAACAUUGAAUGUAUUAAAAUACCUUUCUGGUCUCAUUAAUCACAUUUCAUUUUAUUUUGAAGGAAAAACAAGUGGGUGGACACAGCUAAGAUAAUCAGGGGACUCUUAGGAGCCCUCCGAGUAAGUCUGUACUCUUCUUCACUUACUGGAUUGAAUUUGCAAACCUGAGAAGUAAUUUUGUGUGUUAGCUUAAUAAAAUCCUCUUGGGCCAAA